AUGGUGAUCGACACCUCUGGUCUAGAAAUUGUUCUUCACAAUCCAAUCCCCAGAUUUGUGAUAGAAUCCGAGAGCAAUCCUGCAAAAUGUUUGGCCAGCAGAGAACCAAUCAGGAUUGUAUGGGGGAUGGGGGAUAUUCAGAAUGGUGUUGCCAAGUGGCACGAGACUCAUCCGCUACUGGAUCUGAUCAAGGUGACCUCCCUCGGAUCUGGGACCUGCUCCAUGGAGACCACAUAUCCAACAACCCGAGCCACAUUGUUAUUGAAGCUGGAUUCAACUCGCAAGAGAUUGGCAGAGGCGUCGGAAGGCCAGGUCAAGAUCUGGCGAAAAAGGGAAAUCCUCAAAGCCAAGUUGGAAAAGCUCCCAAAGGAGAAAACUCGCAAGGAGGAGAGCGAGUUGACGAAUGAGCAGCAGAAGUUCAGGGACCGGGAAGAGGCAUUUUGUGGUGGGUUAGAUGCAGUUACACAUAGGUAA